CGCCUCUGCUCCCGCCCAUCGCCAUUGCCCGCGGUGCACCGGGCCGGGCCGUGCCGGAAAUAUCCAGGCGCCUGUGGUGGCGCUUCUCUUUACACCGAGUUUCCUUGGAUUAUUCACGGGUUUCGGAUGCGAUGGCUGCCUUGCGGCUUUCUCCGGCUGUCCGCAAGCUGAAGCUGAAGGCGCUGUGCUGGGCGGCGUCUCCAGGCGAGCGGUGCAUUGCCCGGGCUCCGGUCGGCGGAUGGACGCUGCAGCGGGCGAGUAGCUCCAGCCCCGACACCGACUACCUGCAUCAGAGCAUCGUGCCCACCAACCACUUCCAAAAGAGUCUCCCGCGGUUACCAAUUCCAAAGCUGCAAGAUACAGUCUGUCGUUUCUUGAAUGCACAGAGACCACUUUUAGAUAAUGACCAGUACAGGAGAACUGAACAGUUGGCUCAUGAUUUUGAACAGGGAAUUGGUAAACAAUUGCAUGAAGAACUUGUGGCUCAAGACAAAAAAAACAAACAUACCAGUUACAUUUCAGGACCAUGGUUUGAUAUGUACCUAAGUGCUCGUGAAUCAGUUGUCCUGAAUUUUAAUCCCUUUAUAUCUUUUAAUCCUGAUCCAAAUCCUGCACACAACAAUCAGCUGAUUAGAGCAGCCAACAUGACUGUGUCUGCAGUACGUUUCAUGAAGACUUUUCGAGCAGGCAUACUAGCACCUGAAAUAUUCCACCUUAAUCCUGCUAAAAGUGAUACAGCUGUUUUUAAGAACAUCAUUCGCUUUGUUCCUACUUCUAUUUCAUGGUAUGGCGCUUACAUGGUUAAUGCCUAUCCACUUGAUAUGUCUCAGUACGUCAGACUCUUCAACUCCACUCGUAUUCCCAGACCUGUUCAAGAUGAGCUUUUUACAAAUGACAGUGGCAAGCACUUGCUGGUGAUGAGAAACGGGCAUUUCUAUAUAUUUGACGUUAUUGGUCAAGAUGGAAGGAUCACAAAGCCUGCAGAAAUCCUGGCACAUUUCAAGUAUAUUUUGUCUGACUCCAGUCCCCCUCCUGAAUUUCCUCUUGGAUACUUGACAAGUGAGAAUCGGGAUACUUGGUCCUCGCUAAGACAGAGGUUGUUGGAGGCUGGGAACGCAGAGGUGCUGAACAAAAUAGAUUGUGCUGUCUUCUGCAUUUGCCUUGAUGAUAUCACCAUCAAGGAUCAUGUCGAGCUCUCCCAUAACAUGCUUCAUGGAAAUGGCUUUAACCGCUGGUAUGACAAGUCAUUCAGUUUCAUAUUUACCAAAGAUGGCUGUGCGGGCCUGAACUUUGAGCACUCGUGGGGGGAUGGUGUGGCUGUCCUGCGUUUGCUGAAUGAGGUUUUCAAAGACACGAUUAAUAGGCCAGCAGUUUUGCCUACAACACAGCCUGCAGCAGUCGACUCCUCUCACAAUGUGCAGAAGCUCGAGUUCAAACUUGAUGAUGUUCUGAAAGAGGGAAUUUUGAAUGCUAAAGAGAAAUUCAACACUUCAGUGAGCUCCUUGACUAUGGACGCAACUGAGUUUAAAAAAGGUGGGAAAGUGCUCCUAAAAAAACAUAACCUCAGUCCAGAUGCAGUGGCACAACUCACUAUUCAGAUGGCGUUUCUGAGGCAGUACAAUAAAACUGUACCCACUUAUGAGUCUUGCAGUACUGCAGCAUUUAAACACGGGCGUACAGAAACCAUCCGCCCUGCCACCAUUUACACCCAAAAGUGCUGUGAGGCAUUUGUGAAGGAACCUUCAAAACAUAGCAUCUCGGACCUGAAGGCAAUGAUAGGCGAGUGCUCCAAGUAUCACUGGCAGCUGACCAAAGAGGCUGCGAUGGCUCAGGGAUUUGACCGCCAUUUAUUUGCCUUGAAUAACAUGACAAAAUCAAAAGGAAUGCCUCCACCAGAACUUUUCCAAGAUCCAUCGUAUAUUCAAAUUAACCACAACAUUCUUUCUACCAGUACCCUAAUCAGUCCUGCUGUCCAGUCAGGAGGCUUUGCACCUGUUGUUCCUGAUGGUUUUGGUGUUGGAUAUGGUGUUCAUGAUGACUGGAUAGGUUACAAUAUCUCCAGCUAUCCUGCUCGAGAUGUUAAGGAAUUCAUAAAGUGUAUCUAUAAAAGUCUGGAUGAUAUUUUUGAUGUAUUGGAUGGAAAAUCAAUCAGUGGUUGAGUUUCAGGAAUUGAAGGAAGCAAGUUGAUAUUAUCCUGCAGUUACUGAAUUUGAGGGUCUUAAAAUGUUGUACUAUUAAUGUUAUCACUUAAUCAUUGCAUUACAACGGAUAAAACAAACAUACCUGAUUGCAGUUUUUGAAUGUUAAUGGAGUGAGACAAACAAUUUAUCCUUUUAAUCCAGGUGGAAGCAGACCAGAUAAAUUACAGGUGUAAACGUCUGCUGAUACCAAUGAGAUGUCCACUGUGAAAUGUUUAUGGAGCCUGAGCCAACUACUCAAAAACAAACUUGACAUUCUUAAUUACGGAGCCAGAUUAUUGGAAUAAAAUAUCAAUAUGCUCUUCUGUAGCUGGAGUUGAGGUAUAUAAUUGAGGACCUUUUUUAUUCAACAGUGCUACCUCUGACUUGGAUGUACUUGAAAUUAACAUACAAUGCUAGAAAUGACUUGAUCUUUAUUCCUUUGUAUUAACAUUACUAAUCUUGACUACAUAAUCUCCACUGUCAAGAGUGAGCCCACACGCAAAUUGGAGGAACAGCACCUUGCAUUUCGCUUGGGCAGUGUACAACCCAGCGAUAUGAAAUUGAUUUCUCUAAUUUCAAGUAACCCUUGCAUUCCCUCUCUGCCAUCCUCCACACGAGUCAUCCUGCUACUUCCACUGUUUGCAUCCAUAUAUCCCUUUGUAUCACCUCUUCCACAGGCAACAAUGCACCAUUGUGGACUCCACCUUACAUGGGUCUUCAGUGCCAUCUCUGAUUUGGACUGAAACUUUUCAUACCUCUAGUUUCCCUCUCCCUUGACUUUCAGUCUGAAGACGUCUCAACACGAAACAUCACUUAUUCCUUUGCUUCAGAGAUGCUGCUUGACCCGCUGAGUUACUCCAGCAUUUUGUGUCUAUCUUAACAUAUUUUGAUUAGGCUUAAUGUGCCUCCUGUUCACUUGUGCCUGCCUCCUUAACCCGAGACUGCUCCUUUAUAAAUAUGUGGUUGUCGUUAUUUUUUAUUAUCACAUAGCUGAAAAUAUUCACCCACUAAUUAAUACUUGAAUCUAUUAUACUGUAUUUAAAUCCAGGUUUAAUUCUUGAUUAGCUAAAGAGGAAUACCAAGGUGCGUUAUUAGUCAUAUUUAAUUUUUUAUUUUGCUUUAUUAAUUUGUUGGGGAUGAUUUUUAACUCUUGAUCAAUAUAUUCAUUUAUUCCUAUAUACCCAUUGGCCAUAUGAACUCAGUGAUGGAAUCGUAUGAUACACGUACGGUAAAAAUUACGACUAACCUUUUCUAAACAUAGCCAAUAAUGUAAUUAAAACUUUUAAGGUCACAAUUUCUAUUUAAUUUUGGGAUGUAGCACUUCCUUUUCAGUUUCACUUUAUUUUAUGAAGUUUACUCAUAAUUCUACAUAUAUCUCUUAAAACAUUUAUAAAGAAUAGUUAAGAAAUGGUCCAGUUUUAUUUGGGACAUAGUGUUUAUUUUACACUCUUCCAAUUUGGACAAGGAACUGCAGAUACUAGAAUCUUGAGCAAAAAAAUGUGCAACUCAGCAAGCGUCUCUGGUGAACGGGGAAGGCGACAUUUCGGAAGACUCCUCAUGAGGUCAUAAGUGAUAGUAGAAUUAUGUCAUUCGGCCCAUCAAGUCUACUCCACCAUUCAAUCAUGGCUGAUCUAACCUCAUUCUCCUGCCUUUUCCCCCAAUAACCCCUGAACUAAUCAAGACUCCUGACCCAAAACAUCGCCUAUCCAUGUUCUCCAAAGAUUCUGCCUGACCUGUUGAGUUACUCUGACAAUUUGCUCAUCUACCAAUUAUAUUGUUUGCAUAAUUAGAAGCAUUAUUUCAAUUUUAAUUAGUACAUAUUGGCGAACAAAAACACAUUUUUAAAAUACACUAUUUUAACAAUUACUAGUUAAAAUGCAUCAGAUGUAUAGGAUUACUGGACCAGAUUGGUUGAGGUUGACUCUGCUUAUUAGUAAUCUUAAAAUCAUCGAAUUCUUCCAGGACUGCCGGAGGGUUACUGAUCCCCAGAAUAAUUCACUGAAAGCCUCUAGAGGAAAAACAACCUAUUCACUUGUGUUUAUUUCCUUUGCCAGUUUGAUAAGUGCACAGCCAAAAUGCCUACUAUUUUUAUGCGCUUCAUUAUUUCAUGAUGUUGAUUGCACUAAGACUAAUCCUGAUUUUCAAAUACAUACGGGGUAAUUAAUAUCUUAGUGUCAGGAUAACAAUUCAGACUUUUUAUAUUCACUAAAAUUUAAUUGUUACUCUGAAUUAUGCUAUUUCCAGCUGCUUAAUAUUGUGAUUAUUUUGUAUUUGGAUCAAUAAGAAGACAUUAGCCAAGCGCUUAUCAAAAUUCAGUGUGUUAUUGGCAGAGAUGAAUGCAUAUAGUCAAAAUAUAAAGAGAUAUUUUAAUAGUUGCUGUUUUAAAAUGAAACUAAAAAUAAAUUAAUUUAAUAUU